UGACAUGCGGAAGUAAAAUGCAAUGCGUGGCCUUUUAAACCGUGUUGUGGAGAAGUGACUCUAGGGUAUCAUGGAUUUAUAAGAGUGUGAUCAUGUAUUUUCUUACAGUAUUCACCAGAGUUUGGUCUGACCUUGCCUUGACAUAUUCCGAACAUCUAAUUUAUGCAAACAGCCGGAGAAUUCACUGUCAGGGCGCUGCACACAGAAAAUACACAUGUCUUUUCAAACAUGUGGUGAAACAAGCUACACCGUACUGUACUACUGUCAAUGGUGGAUCAAUACGUAAUACAAACAAUCUGCUGCGGAACAGGGUGGAGAGAAAGCCUGUAAUUUGCAUUGAAGGGAAUAUUGCAAGUGGAAAGACAACUUGCUUGGAAUACUUUAGCAAAACCAGUAACAUUGAGGCAUUGACAGAACCAGUUUCCAAAUGGAGGAAUGUUAGAGGGCACAAUCCACUGGGAUUGAUGUAUCAGGAUCCUACACGCUGGGGGAUCACUCUGCAGACCUAUGUGCAGCUCACGAUGUUAGACCACCACGUCUCGCCAACGAUGUCUCAGAUAAAAAUGAUGGAAAGGUCUAUAUACAGUGCUAAAUACAUAUUUGUGGAAAAUCUCUUCAGAAGUGGGAAGAUGCCUGAGGUGGAUUUUGCUGUUUUGACUGAAUGGUUUAAUUGGAUUGUGCAGAAAAUUGACAUUCCUCUGGAUCUUAUUGUUUACCUGCAGACCUCUCCACAGACCUGCUAUGAGAGACUGAAGAAGAGGUGCAGGGAAGAGGAGAAAGUGAUACCUUUGGAAUAUUUGGAAGCUAUCCACCAACUGUAUGAAGACUGGCUCAUUAAAAAUACAUCGUUUGCUGUCCCAGCUCCUGUUCUUGUUAUUCCUGCAGAUCAUGACCUCCAAAAGAUGCUGAACCAGUAUGAAGAGAACAGAGAAAAGAUACUGUCUACAAACCACAUUUAAUCGCUCUUGGAAUCGGAGAUUUUACUCUCUGGACUGGAUCUGAAACUGUGUUUGUAUAGUGUCGUGAGUCUUUGCCUUGUUCUGAACUGUAUCUGGAUUUUUUUAUGUUGUCCUGAGUCUUUGCCUUGUUCUGCUGUCUCUCAAUGUUUCAUAACAUUUGCAUGGUUGGCUUUCUGGCUGUCUCGCGUGCUAUUUCUAUUUCUGUGACCAAAAAACUGAGUAAUUGUUAAGUAUAGCACUUAAGAUUCAUAAAAGCUAAGCGCACGCAAUACAUUUAAUAGUCUUUCAUGUUCAUUGGCACUGCUGAACUUGUGUACAGUUGUAGACUACAGUGUUUACUGUACUUUAGAUGUGUGAUAGAACUGGUGCUAGCGGUUGUUUAAUGUGAAGAAAAGAGAUGACUGGUCAGAUGUAACCUUGGAUAAAACGCAUGCUGUUAGCUGCAUUAGUAUUUUUGAUCUGGAUAGAGGAAUCCAGGUGAAGACCAACCUGAUUACAAUUCUGAUACCGAACUGUAAUUCCUUAAUGUAUAUUACACUUUGUGGCAUUCAUUUUUUGCAUCUUUUUGGUUACCUUCUACAAGACAAAGUAGACAGAUCACAGGCCCUAGUGUCACCUCCUGCAUGAAUGGGACCAGAUCAAAUCAGUUGUAAGAAACUCUGGCAUGUGAUCCAAAAGAAAAAAUAUUUUUAGCAGGUAACCUGUGUUGUGUUAUCUGCUGAAAAAAAAUUGAGCCACUCCAAAAUAAAUUUUUGGAUCAAAACAUGAGGAAUGAAUUGGGUGUGUAUUAACUGAUACAGCUUUGGGUUAACUGACAAAUCCAAUUAGGUAAUGAACAUUUUUACAACUUCUAAGCACAGUUUUGAACUACUUGUGAUUUUCAGGUGGAAGAGUAUAAGUUUAUAUUUUAAACUGAAGUAGUUUUAAUGUAUCCAAACUGAGUUGAAAAAUGUAUAGAAGGCAACAUUUAACUUAUAGUAAGAAUGUUUCUGUUACAUUCCAGUUACAGGUUUUUGGUUAUUCGGGACCUUUUAGUAUUAAAAGUAAAUGUAAAUUUGAAAUAAUACAGUGCGGGCUGAAUCUAAACUUUUGGAGAUAACUAUUGGGGGAAGGUAGGAGUUGUGCGGACAUGUACACCUUUCAUUUUUUCCUUUCUUGCUGUAUUCAAAGAAAUAAAAUGAAAGCAUUUUUUAUUA